GCCAGACGCCUCGUCGUGAUCAAGAAGCUGCCAUAGAGACAUAGAGACAAGAUGAGCCGAAAAGCACCACUGGCGGUCAAUGUGCGGCCCGCCACGCCCGACGACAUCCCCACGUUGAUUCAAUUCAUCAAAGAGCUGGCCAUCUACGAAAAAGAGCCCGAUGCAGCAAAGGCGACACCCGAGCUGAUGAAGGAGAAUCUCUUUGAGAAGAAGUACGCAGAAGCGCUCGUCGCUGAGGACCCUGAGCAAGGCAAUCGGGCCGUGGGGAUGGCCAUCUACUUUUUCUCGUUCUCGACCUGGACCAGCAAGCCGUCUCUGUACCUGGAAGACCUCUUCGUGGUCCCGAACCUGCGAAACCGUGGAGCGGGAAAAGCCCUCUUCCGCGCUCUUGGACGAGUCGCCGAAGAAAGGGGCUGCCAGAGGCUCGACUGGCAGGUGCUCAAGUGGAACGCGUAAGUUCUUACCUCCUCCUGCCUUUUGCCCUUGUAGACGGCGCGCUAAUCGACAGCACAGCCCGAGCAUUGCAUUCUACGAAAAGGUGCUCAAGGCUGAGCCGAUGCAUGACUGGGUCCAGGAGAGACUCGAUGUC